GAGAUCUGAAAUGAAUUCACUGGAUUUAGUCGGCUGCAUAUUUAAGUCAUCGAACAAAUUGACUGUCAUAUUAUAGAAACCAACCAAUUAAUCGAAUCGCUAUGCGUUGCUAAAUUACCUUGAAUAAUUGGAGUUCGUGCUUUAUUAUUAUGAAACGCAAUUUGAUUUAGUUAUUGGGAAUACUUAUUUUGCAAUAUAUUUUUUUAAACGAAUUCAGUUUAGUUUAUGCUGUGACAUUUAUUGCACGAUGCUGAAGAAUCCACGCUGCCUUUUAGUAAUUCUUCUCAUGACUAAAUGGGCCUCCUCGAAAUUUGAGUUCACCAACCUCCAGUGCACAUCGUUCGACAAAAGUUUCGAUGAUUUUGAAUAUUGCUACAUAAGGUCUGCAAAUCGGAGCUAUAAGUACUUAACCCUAAAAGUGAACCUAUUCAAAACGCCAGUUACAAAGGCCAAGUUAACUUUCAUACUAUAUAAGCGAUUUAACGGCUACAGACCCUUCAUGUUCAACGUAACAUUGGAUGCGUGUAGAUUUUUAAGAAACACUGAUUCGAGCCCAAUAGGAAAAUACUUUUACGACUUCUUUAAUUCCUACUCGAAUAUUAAUCACUCCUGCCCCUUUAAUAACGAUCUGAUUGUCGAUAAGAUUCCCAUAGACUUUGUUAACCACAGAGUUACGAAGGUUCUACCCUUUCCUGAAGGUGAUUAUCUACUGGAAACUCAUUGGAUUGCCUAUGACAUCGAUCGGGCGAUGGUCAAGGUAUAUUAUACUAUAUCCUAGCCAUGUGUCUUUGAAUGUCAAUGUGGAAAAUAAAUAAUGAUAAUUAUUCACGUAA